AUGCUUGAUGAGGGCAUCGAUGUCACCCCAACAUCUCCUCUGGCCGUAACUCAGUGUGCAGCCAGACUCGACGAGCUAGACAUCGUCAACGUAAGCGUUGAGCACACGCCCAAGUCUGCUUCAACGUCGAGCAGCUCACAGGCGGGUCAGGCACCUGACGAGCACGAUGAACAUUGGCAGACGCUCGCGAGCUUGCAGAAGAUUCCACAGUGUCUGCUCGACGAUCCUCAACAGAGUAUCCCCUUCUCGCGCGUGACUGCCCGGGUACCACUCGAAGACUUGCCGCUGCAACUACAAGAUGUCUGGAUCAUACACAUCCGCGCGCAAGACAUAGAGCUCUGUCGAGAAGCAUCAGCUGCGCUUCAAGCCAGGACGAGAGCGAUCAAGCAGCUCAAGCGCGUCAGACCGUCGCCAUACGCGCCAGGACAAGAGCGCUUCGUCGAUCUGCUCAUCUGCGCUGUCGAGGUCUUGGAGCCAUAUGAGGACGCUGAAGGUAUCCCAAGGCAGCGAUUGAAUGGUUCACGGCUGGAUCGACAGCAUCUCGAAGCAGCCUUGGGCCCAGAGCUGCUUGCACGACUUGAUGGUCCAGCAGAGAUGAUCCAAGCGUCUGCUCUGCUUCCACGUACACUAGCGCAGUAUGAGGACUGGCGGAGGUAUUGGCCAACAGCUUACAUGCCUCUGCGCGAAGAUGAAAAGGCGCCCGCAGGCUUUCCAGGAUGGUGUGCCGCCAAAGCCAUCUGGGCGACCAAGGAACUCGACCGUCUGCGUGGUGUAGCUUUGCGCAACUCUCAAGCUGGCGAUCUACCUGUUGCAUGUGCCGUCUGCGAAACCUGGAACAGUCAGGUUCAUAGCGCGACCACGCUGCCACGACUGCUACUGACUGAAACCGACACGAGGCAUAGUCAGCGUGACCCGACCCGCACUGCGUUUAUCAAUGCCAUCGAUGCUGUCUCCAAAUUAGACCUCUUACCGGGCGGGAAGACUCGCUCGCUCGAUGGCGAGAUUCCCUACCUGCUCACCGGGCUGACGGUUUUCGCCACGCACGAGCCCAGUCUCAUGUCUGCCAUGGCGUUACUUCAUUCCCGCAUUGCCCAGCUCUUCUACAUCGUGUCUGCGCCUGGUUCUGGUGGCUGUGGAUCACACUAUCACGUGCACGAGGACGAAGCGCUCAAUCACAAGUAUCAGGUCUGGCAACUGGAUCCCGAACGCGCAAAGGCGGUUGGCUACCCUGACAUGACGCACGGACUCGAGGGGCUUCAAUCAGAUCCGUGA